AUGAAUUCACGGGGGUGCAACGUCUCGGAUGAUCCUCAGACCAUCUGUUGUAGCAGCACACAACUUAGUGCAAUUGACGACUUUUUGCAGAAGAUACCAAUCGAUCUCGUCAUCGACAUAUUCUCGAGGUUGCCGUUGAAGUCUAUUGCGAGAUGUCGUUGCAUAUCGAAGCGGUGGGCCUCCUUUCUUCGCCGUUCUGAUUUCACGGAGUUGUUCUUGACCAAAUCUUUGGCUCGCCCGCAGCUUUUGUUCGCCUGCCGAACACAGAGGGAGUUGCUCUUCUUCUCUUCACCUCAGCUUCAACAUCCUGAUGAGAACUUGUCUACUAUAACCGCCAAUCAUCAUGUGAGUUUCCCCCUUGAGAGCUUCUAUGAUAUAUCUACUCCUGUCAAUGGCUUUGUCUGUAUACGAGAUGAUUUGCUGUUAAAAGAAAGGAAGACCCAAGAGCUUGUGUCGGUGAUAUGUAACCCUAGCACGAGACAAUGCUUUCCUUUACCCAAAAUGAAUAUUGAUCCACUAGUAAAAAAGAGUACUCCGGUGAGAAGCUUUUUAGGGUAUGAUCCCAUUGAGAAACAACACAAGGUAUUGGCAAUGAUCAAACGGUAUGAUACAGUUGUGGAUCAUCAAGUUCUCACAUUAAGAGGCUCCGGGAACAUGACAUGGAGAAAGGCUGAAUGUGGCAUACCACAUUUUCCUCCGAAUCCAGACUCUAUUUGCAUCCGUGGUGUUUUGUAUUACGCUGCUAGAGCUUCCAGUGGUGGUUAUAUGAUAGUUUGCUUUGAUGUCAGAUCUGAGAAGUACAGCUUUGUUAAAUUCACAGAAAGAGAAAAAUAUUUUGCAACUCUGAUAAACUUCCAAGGUAAAUUGGCUUCACUAAUGGCGCAUCCCAACCCUCUUUUUAUUAGUGGAACAAGUACAAGUUUUGAGAUGUGGAUUUUACUAGACCCUGAAAAACAUGGAUGGUAUCCACGUAUUUUCAAUUUACCUCCUACGUGGAAGGAUGUAGUUGGAGGGGAAGAGUUAUUAUUUAGAGGAGUGACUGCUACAAAUGAAUUUGUUUUCUCCUGCAACUGCAAAUCUUCAUCUGAGCCUUUCCAUGUUUACUACUACAAUUUCAUCAAGGAAACUAUAACAAGAGUUGAAAUCCAAGGAAUGGGAGCGUUUGAGAGGGGUUCUAUAGUUGGUAUAUUUCCGAACCAUGGUGCAGAUUUGAAGCUUGUGUAAUUGUUUUUGAACUUAGUAGCAUAGGCUGGAUCUUAAGUUCUCAUCUUGAAGAUCUUUAGUGAAAGCCCUUUAUCUUCUUUUCCACUGAUUUUGUGUUGUUGUAACUUAUUUUGCAUAUCUCUUGUUUAGUGGCUCAUGCACACACUAUGGAGCAAUGAUUGUCCUAAACUAUGUUUUUGAAUUCACUUCCAGACCAUAGCUAUGUAUUGUUUUACGUUUGAAAGUGGUAUGUACAUUGAUUGGCACAUCAUAGUUGGAAUCUAUCUGAGUUGUUGUCAUCCUUUGUUCAUCCGUCUACGAGCCAAAACAUAAAUGAUAAACUCAGAUUGGCUAUAUAGCUUGUUAUUGUGCUGUUCGUUGUUAUAAUGAAGGAGGUUUGGGGAUGUGGUGGAUUCCUUUGCGGAUCGGAUCCCAUGUCCAUGCCUGUUUCUCAGUGAUAGGCUGCGUACUUCUCUAGGACAAGACUACUGUGGACUCCAAUUGCUUUCUGCAAAAAUAAAUAUGUUGGAACAAAUUCGGCAAAGCCGUCUUUAAUUCCAAUAGGUAUGUGAGUCGGUCAUUUGACAUCACCGAGUUAUGAAUAAAGGAAAGUAAGCUUCUAAGUUCUAA